CUCGCGAGCGCCGCACGCUUGCUCACCAAACGCUAAUUUACUUCGUCAAUAUUUCAAGUACGGUGAUUGAAAAUGCAAACGGUAGCCGGGCCGGUGGCUGGGAAGGCAAGAUGUCGGCAUAGCUGAUUGACGUUGAUAUACGGCUGUGUCACAUCGAGCCAGCUCAAUCCACCGGCGUUCAACGAGAGAAGACCUAAAGGCGGAUGCUCCCGUAAAGAAAUUGCGAUCGCUCCCGUAGCGCGCGACGGGGCGAGUCUGACAGCUGUCAUUGCGCGCCCUCGCCGGAUUCGCUGCGGCUGCACCGUGGAUGAUAUUUAUUUUUAAUCAUACACGACGAUGUUCCCGUAGAGUGCGACCGGCUCUGUGCGCGCGUGACGAACCGAUACGAAAAACACGAGAGAAUGGCGAACGACGAAGUGUUGGGGCCGCGUAAGACAAUGUUCGUUCUAGUGAUUGUUGUGGGGUGUUUCGCUGUCUUAUGGCCUAGGAUACUGUCCCCGCUGAUCCUGGGGCACACCCAGGAGCAGCUGAAGCCCAACCAGUUCGACCGGGAGGCAGGAUGCUGUGAGGUUAUGUUCGAGACGGAAGUGGCAGUGUUGGAGCUUGUCAACGAAGUUUGCAGUUCAGCUAUUGGGGUUGGUGGAAAAUUAUCCACGUAUGCUGCGGCUGAGUGCCGGAAAGCAGUCAAUGAGACAUGUGGUCUCGAUAUAGCUGCUUUUCUCAAACGAAGUGACAAUGUGGGCAAGACAACAAAGAUGCUUCUAGAAACUAUGAAGAGUAGUAACAGUUCGUGCUUGAAGGAACAUUUUGGUGUUCAUUUGUAUCUGAACACACAUACAGCAUUGAACUCUUGGACCCAACAGGACACUUUAAAACAAGAGCGGUCACCGAUUCGAGGGAUGGGCCCUCAUCCCGCGCUGCGAGAAAGAGGGCGAGCGAUUCCCCCAGGAGUGCCGCCCGUCCAGCCAAGACCGCCGACGCCUCUACCACCGCACGUCAGGGUACGAACUUCCCCACUCUCUGUGUACUACGAUGUUGAGAUUAAGCCCCCGCCGAUCCCCGGCAUGCGGCCACCACUGGGCUCCCCCGGCGGGCCUGUGCCGGCGCCCAAGUCGUCCAUGGGCUUCGUCAUGCCUAUAUACACUAUCUGCAUCAUUGUAUUCUUUGUGUAUACACUUAGUAAGAUCCUGUUCAAGCGCACAGGGUCUCCGUACGAGAGCGUCGCGCCAGACCCUCAGUUCCGGAGGAGGGUCUUUCGAGAUAAUUCCCGGUCUUCGCCUGAUAAGUUAGGGGACGUGGAGUUGGAGGCGCUCCGCGCGAGGCUGGCGGAGACUGAGCGCGCCAUGCAAAGGAUCGUCCGCCAACUGGCACUCCACGACGCGGAGGCACAGGAUAACACUCGUCCGUACACUAAUGGAACAAUUUUAUUGAACAGUGGCCCCGUGCAAAUAAUAGCUAGUGAAUUCCAAGAAAAUAAAGAUAAAAAUCAAAGUGAACAGAAAGAUAAACCCAAAGAUAAAGAAACAACUCCAGACGUAGAACUGACGCAAUCUAAAGAAACAGAAAAUGGUGAAAAAGAUAUUGAUACUCGUAGAGAAAAUACAACUUAUGAUUUAUCAUCUGAACCUUUGGCAACACAUGAGGAGAAACCAUCCCAGGAUAAUGAAAAUGUAAUUGAAUCGGAAGUUAUUGAAUCACAAGUACCAGAAAAUAAUGUUGAGAUUAAAGAAGCAGGCGCAGAAAAAAUAACAAAACAAGAGCAGGAUCAAAUACCCGAGGACAAAAUAGACAAAGAAAUAAAAACAGAAACUUCUUCAAACAAGACAGAAGAAAUCAUUAUAAAGCCAGAUGAUAUUGAAGUAAACGGUGAAGAAUUAAGAAAUAAAAAUGUUGAUUUAAUUGCAUUAUCAGAAGGUAAAGAAAUAAGUAAGGAAGUACAGUUAGCAGAAAGUACUGAAAGCUUUAUUGAAAAAGAAAAGGGAGAAAAUAAUGAUGAAAAACGAUCUCGUACAGAACUGCUGGAAGAAGCUCUGAUGGAAGAAUUAUUGAAAGACGAAGAGGAAGAACAAGAGAGUCCAAGUGUUAAACACGAAGCAGCAGACGUGAAGUCAAUAUACUUGGAGACGGAGAUCCCGCAGCAGACGCGAGUGUUGGUCGCCGACUUCGCGGACAAUACCGACCGACACAAACCUGCCAAACAUGCACCAUUGGUAGUGAGCGGUAAGAUGACAUUGUCCUUGAUACAGGACGCGCCGCGUGACACCCCGGAGAGGGAUCCUGAGUCGACAAUGGAUGACUUUACCACCGCCAGCGCCAUGACUCAACCUGCUGAGAAAGAAGAUGACUUAUCAGAAGAAGAAAUUGAAGAGGAGAUAGAAGAAAUAGAGAUUGAAGAAGAAAUAAUAGAAGAAGAGAUCGAGGAAGAGGAGAUUGAAGAAGACGAUGAAGAAAUUGAUGAACCAAAAAACGCACUAAAGACAAAUAAGUAGUCGAAAUGUACUGACAUUAGAUCUGAUAUUGUAGCGUUUUAACUAAUACAGAAGUAGAUUUAAGGAUACUUAAAUAUUAAUGGACAUUUUAAAAUUCUCGAAUUUCUUCU